CGGAACCACAUGUUUUCCCAUCAUUUCUAAACCGCUGGAAACUUUGCUGUCCAGAAAUUUUGUGGAAAAAGUGCUGAUAUAAUUACAGAAUGGCAGAAGAAGCUGAAGCAGAUGAGAAGAGAAUUUUGGCUCAGUUCAAAAGUGAAAGUGGAGAUGUUACAGGAAAUGCAUUUGAUUUACCUUUAAACAUCACAGCAGAAAAGCUACAGAUGAUCUGCAAUGCUUUAUUGACAAAUGAAGAUCCUAUCCCUUACUCUUUCUUUGUCAAUGACAUUGAAGUAACUGACAGUCUGGUGAAGGCACUGGAUGAUAAAGCCCUAGAGAACACAGAACAGGUCCUGGACAUAGUUUACCUCCCUCAGGCUAUAUUUAGAGUGAGGGCCGUAACAAGGUGCACCAGUACCAUCCCGGGACAUGCAGAGGCUGUCAUUUCUGUAUCAUUUAGUCCUGAUGGACGGUAUUUGGCUAGUGGUUCAGGAGAUACAACUGUUCGGUUCUGGGAUGUGCAAACAGAAACUCCUCACCAUACUUGUAAAGGUCAUAAACACUGGGUGUUAUGCAUAGCUUGGUCACCUGAUGGAAAGAAGCUAGCCUCUGGUUGUAAAAACAGUCAAAUUUGUGUAUGGGACCCAGAUUCAGGCCAUCAAAAAGGAAAAACUCUAACUGGACAUAAACAGUGGAUAACCUGGCUGUCAUGGAAACCUUUCCAUUUAGAUCCAGAAUGCAGAUUCCUUGCAAGCAGUUCUAAAGAUGGUACUAUAAAGAUCUGGGACACCCUGCUGAGUCAGUGUCACAUUACCCUGUCGGGGCACCUACAGUCAGUGACCUGUAUCAAAUGGGGAGGGACUGACCUCAUUUACUCCGCCUCCCAGGACAGAACCAUCAAAGUGUGGAGGGCAGAAGAUGGUGUUUUAUGUAGAACAUUACAAGGUCACGGUCACUGGGUUAACAUCCUGGCACUUAGUACUGACUAUGUCAUGAGGACAGGGGCAUUUGAUCCAGCUAAUGCAAAAUUAGUACCAGCUGACAUACAAGAAUCAGGUGAGACCUUAUACCUGUAG